UUUUGGUCUGGUGGUGUGACGUUAUAAGGCUGCGCCGCGCUGCUGCAUCUGUUGUGAUUCGGCUGAAGAAGGAUUUUGUUACCAUUGACAUGCAUUAUACGACUGACAGACCGCAACGGUUGGAGUUUAAAAUCAUCAUUUGUGUUCUACUGAAGAAACAAAGUCACCUACAUCUUGGAUGCCCUGGGGGACAAACACAGAGAAAAACUCCCGAUGAAGCGACUGAGAUCCACAUGACACUAUUAUAAAGAUGGAGUUUAUUAAAGAGGAGAUUGAAGACAUAAAGAUGGUGUUUAUUAAAGAGGAGAGUGAAGAUAUAAAGAUGGAGUUUAUUAAAGAAGAGAGUGAAGACGUAAAGAUUGAAGAAACAUUCAUGAAACAAGAAGAUACUGAGGAACAAACAGACCUGAUGGCUCUGAAAGAGGAGAGUGAAGUACUGAAUAAAAUAGAAGAGAAAUAUCAAAAUAACAAUCACCAUGAUUUCAUUACUGGAGAAAUACCUUGUAGUAGCUCACAGACUGAAAACAUUUCCUCACAAAAAAUGGCUCAAAAGACAAGGACUAGAAGUCAUUUUGUCAGCAAACAGUGUGGAAACAGAUUAAAUCAAAACAGAGGCUUUAACAGGCACACGAAAAUUCACACUGAGAAGCCUUUCACGUGCCAACAGUGUGGAAAAAGUUUCAACCAAAAAGGAAGUCUUUAUUACCACAUGAGAAUUCACACUGGAGAGAAGCCUUACACCUGCCAACAGUGUGGAAAAAGUUUCACCCAAAAAGGAAGUCUUAAUAACCACAUGAUUAUUCACACCGGAGAGAAGCCUUUCACCUGCCAACAGUGUGGAAAAAGUUUCACCCGAAAAGGAACUCUUGAUUUCCACUUGAGAAUUCACACCGGAGAGAAGCCUUACACCUGCCAACAGUGUGGAAACAGUUUCAGUCAAAAAGUAAAGCUUAAUAGCCACAUGUCAAUUCAUACUGGAGAGAAGCCUUUCACCUGCCAACAGUGUGGAAACAGUUUCAGUUCAAAAGUAAACCUUAAUGUCCACAUGACAAUUCACACUGGAGAGAAGCCUUUCACUUGCCAACAGUGUGGAAACAGUUUCAGUCAAAAAGUAAACCUUGAUAACCACAUGACAAUUCAUACUGGAGAGAAGCCUUUCACCUGCCAACAGUGUGGAAAACAUUUCAGCCAAAAACGAAGCCUUAACAGGCACAUAAGAAUUCACUCAAGAGAGAAGUCGAUUAUAUGUGGUUAAGGUGGAAAGAGUUUCAAAUAUAAAGAAACCCCUGAGUACCACAUGAGGAUUCAUGUAUGAACCGUUUUAUAUCUCAUUAGUUAGUGUCAGGAGGCCUGUUGAUCAGUGUUGAACUGUUCUUUACUAAGUUUACAAAGUUCCAUACUUUGAUGUCAUAAGUAAAUAGUAUGUGGUGUUAAGGAUUUGUAUGUAAAAAGAAUGGUUUACAUAAUCUUACCGUCGCCAGAAUAUGAUUUAGUGUACAUAAUUCACUUGACAACUGGAAAUAAAUUGAUUAUAAACUGG